CGACGAGCAGCACCCAUGGCCUUAUUUAAAAGAGCUUUUUGAGUUUGUUGGUGCUAAAAACAACUCCUGGCGAAUGCGUUGCAUCUUGUGCAAACCAAAACACCAGGAAGUAUUGGCGUUCAAGAACAGUCCGUCAAACCUCAGUAAACACAUAAAGAGAAAGCACGAGAGACACCUGGAGAGGUACACCAAGCUAGCUAUUCAGAAAAGGAAGCAUGACGAAGAUCCGAAUGACCAAGCAGCACCCAAGCAGCUGAAACUGUGGGAUACGCCUCGCGUGACACAAAAAGAGUUCAACAUCAGAGACAAGAUUGUACGUAUGACGACAGAUAGUGGGUCCAAUUUUCUGAAAGCCUUCAGAGUGUACGGUGUCGACGAUGAAAACAACAACGCAGAACCACUCGGGGCAGAGCCAGAUGAAUCAGGAGAAGAGGAUGGUGAAGAGAUCAUGAUGGAGGCUGUUGAAGCCGGUCCCUUGUUGGAGCAUGAUGAUGGCCUGGAAUAUCAACUGCCAAAGCACCAUCGCUGUGCCUGUCAUCUUAUGAACCUGGUGGCAACAGUUGAUGUCAAAGCAGCGAAUGAAGACCGGGUCUACAUGAAGCUCUCCCGCUCAUCAUUUGCAAAGUGCCAGGCUCUCUGGAACAAGAGCAGCAGAUCCACCCCAGCUACAGAGAUCAUUGAAGAACACUGCAAACUCCAGCUCCUGAGGCCUUGUGAAACAAGAUGGAAUUCUCUCUUCUAUGCUGUUGAGAGGAUUGUACGGAUCGUUAAGGAACAAGGAGAAGCAGCCAUUGCAGCGGUCUUCAGCGCACUGAAGAUUCCGACGUUCAGUCCUGCCGAGAUUGCUUUUCUCACAGAAUAUGCAAAGACCAUGAGCCCAGUUGCAAAGGCAGUUGAUGUUCUUCAGGGCGAGGUAAACGUGCAGAUGGGGUGGCUUGUACCUACCAUCACACUGCUCAAGUCCAAGCUCCAGAGCCUUCACACCACCUCCAAGUACUGUGGGCCAUUGGUGGAUGCUCUUCAAGCAGGGCUUGAACGUCGCUUUGGAGAGAUGCUCGCUGAUCCAGAGCUGAUUGCUGCUGCCAUUCUUGUCCCCAAAUUCAGGACACGCUGGACUACUGAUGAAGGCAUCCUUAAAUGUGGCCUUGACUACAUCAAAACCCACCUGAAGGAGCAGAGUAGUGCAGCCCAGUCAGGUGACUCUCUGUCGUCGGCGGAGGAGGAGGACUUCUUUUCGACAAUCAAGUAGACAGAUCAACGGGACGGUAACACCAAGCAACUAGAGUCCUACCUGGCCAGUCCAACUGAUACCAUGGACAUCCUGAAAACAUUUCCAUCUGUGUGCCACCUGUCUCUUAAGCUCAACACACUACUACCUGCCUCAGCUGCCUGUGAGAGGCUUUUUAGCACAGCAGGAAUGAUUUUUAGACCCAAGAGGGCUAAGCUACUUUCUGAGAACUUGGAAAACCUGCUUCUCAUGAAGCUCAACAGAAGGUUUUGUUAGAUUUGUUUUGUUUAUCAUGCCUUCACAUUAGACUCGCAUAGAGGGAUGGAGUGAUGCAGUGUAGAGAGAUGGAGAGGGGGGUCUAGUAUGUGUUGUGUAGGUGUAAACAUAUAAUGAGUUACUUAUCUGAGGAGCACAAGAAUUGUGUCUUUAAUGUGAAGGGUUUUUCAUUGAGCUUCACUGAAUGCACAGUGUGCAACUUUUUCUUUUUUCCAUUUUUAAUUUAUUUGGCAGGGACAUUGCACUGUGUUUAUUGUACCAGAUAAUAGCUAGAGAAGCUUAGUUAUUUUCAUCUGUAGUCCCUGGGUGUGCCACUCACAAUAACACACCUGUACAGUGUUAAACAAUUGUUGCCUGAUGUGUUAUUAAAAUUUUUUGAUUAAGAGUUGGGAACUUUGAGAACCUGCUUCUCUUGAAGCUCAACAAAAGGUUUUGUUAUAUUGUUGUGUUUACCAUGCCUUCACAUUAGACUCACAUAGAGGGAUGGAGUGAUGCAAUGUAGAGAGAUGGAGAGGGGGUCUAGUAUGUGUUGUGUAGGUGUAAACAUAGUGAGUUACUGUUCAGAGGAGCACAGGAAUUGUGUCUUAAUUGUGAAGGGUUUUUUAUUGAGCUUCACUGAAUGCACAGUGCACAAAUUUGUUUUGCCUUUUCAUUUUUUAUUAAUUUAAUUGGCAGGGACAUAAUGGCUAGAGAAGCUUAGUUAUUUUCAUCUGUAGUCCCUGGGUGUGUCACUCACAAUAACACAACACCUGUACAGUGAGAAACAAUUGUUGCCUG